AUAAACACUUUGACGCAAUAGAGCGAACCCGGACGAAACAAGAAAAGCCAGAAAAUCUGUUGUAUAAAUACGCCCAAAAUCGAAACCGGCAAUCCCUCUCUACAAAUUAUUGAAACAUUACUCUCACGCUCUGUGAUGUCUCUCCUCUAACGUUCAAAGUCUUAACGUUCAUUAGGAGUUGGUGACCUAAGAUGGGUUACGAAUCUGGUGGCACAUCCCGUGAUGGGCGUGAUGAAGAUGAUGAGGACGAAUAUGAGGAAGCUGGUGGUGGUAACCGGCUUUUGGGAUUUAUGUUCGGAAAUGUUGACUACUCUGGUGAUCUUGAUGUUGAUUACCUUGAUGAGGAUGCGAAGGAGCAUCUUGCUGCUUUAGCUGACAAGCUUGGUCCGUCUCUGACAGAAAUAGAUUUGUCAGCGAAGUCACCACAAGCAUCUGCAGAUGCUGCUGAACAAGAUUAUGAUGAGAAGGCAGAAGAUGCUGUAGAUUAUGAGGACAUUGAUGAGCAGUAUGAAGGACCUGAGGUACAAACUUUUACCGAAGAGGACCUAUUAUUGCCGAAGAGGAAUUAUUUUUCAUCAGAAGUAUCUUUAGCUACUUUGGAGAAUCGUGGUUCUGUUUUCGAUGAUGAAAACUAUGAUGAGGAUGAUAAUGAAGAGGAGAAGGAACAGGAGGUGGUAGAGAACGCUGCUGAAGUUCAACCUACUCCUGAAAAAGGGGAGUACAACAAUGAUGCUGAAGUGAUUUUUCAUGGGAAGAAGCUUCCAGAAGAAGUUCUAUCCCCGGAUGCUCCCGAAUCUAGUGAAGAUCUUCAAGAGGAAGAACCUCUUACUAUGGAAGAGCCAGUUGAUGGUCAAAGCUCUCUGCCUCUACCUGUUCUUUGUGUAGAAGAUGGGAUAGCAAUUCUAAAGUUCUCCGAAAUUUUUGCCCUCCAUCGACCUCGGAAGAAAGCAGAUAAGAGGGAGCGACGAUGCUCUGUUCCCAAAGACAAAUACAAGGCCAUGGACACACUGGAUAUUGUUGAAGAAGAUGAAGUUACAUUACUGAGAGGGUCCUAUCAAGACUUUCCUUGGUUGAGGAGGGCCCAUGUACAUCAAGAUAGUGCUUUAACGUUCCUGGAUAAUGAACCAGGAACAGUUCAAGGGAUUGAUGACUUGAAGCCAAAAGUUGAGCAAAAGGAUUCUUGGUGUAGUGCUAAACCAAUGAUAGAAAAUCUAUCAAUGGAUCUUUCUCCUGAUUGGAGCUCACCUAUCUGUCCGGAGUUCUAUCCUCUUGAUCAGCAAGACUGGGAGGAUAGAAUUAUUUGGGAUAAUUCUCCUCCAGUGAGUGAUAAUACUGCUGAAAGUUGCGAGAUUUCUGGACCUGAUUGUGAAGCAUUGACUCAUAAACAACCGGAUGUGGAGGCCGAGUCUCAAUGUUUUCAGUCAGAAAAAGAAAUGGAACCCCAUGAGAAAGGUCACAGCUCCUUUUUUUCUUGCAGUGUUUCUGUGGAGCCUUUUGGUUCAAAACAACCUUCAGGACACCUGGAUAUUUCAUUAUCAGAAGGAAGAUAUCACCCUCAGCUUUUGAGAUUAGAGUCUCGCUUGAAUGCAGAUAGGCAAAAGAGCACAGAUACUGUAAAAGAUGGAGCCACUGAUGAAAGCCUUAGCAGCGAUGCCUUAAGGCGAUUUAGCAAGCUUACAUUACAAAACAGAGAUAUAAUGGAGGAAUCUUGGGUGGACAACAUUAUUUGGGAACCAGAUCAACCCUUUCCGAAGCCAAAGCUCAUAUAUGAUCUUCAAGACGAACAAAUGCUUUUCGAAGUUUUGGAUAACAGGGAUGGGCAACAGCUUCUGCAUCAUGCUGGAGCAAUGAUCACAACCGGUUUAAUAAAGCCCAGUAAUGGUGAUUCUGCCGAGUUAUAUGGACUCGGUGGUUUAUCCGGGCGUUUUAAUAUUGCCAAUGACAAAUUCUAUCUGAACAGGAAGUCAACUCAGCAACUAAAAUCACAUUCAAAGAAACGCACUGCUCAUGGUCUCAAAGUUCUGCACUCAAUCCCAGCUCUUAAGCUGCAGACAAUGAAGGCUAAGCUAAGCAAGUAAGU